UACGAUGAUAUGGCCAAAACAAUCUGGCAACACUGGGCGGCGGCUCACCAGUCCCUCGCUCCCGCUCUGCCCUGCAAGGCGUCACCCAGUACUCUGCGGCCAUGGCUCUCAGGGGGCCACUGCUGUGAUGGCCUCAAGAGAGAGUGGAAAUUUGAGUGGAGGCGGAGGAGUAGCAGCGACUGCAGCAGCAAUAGCAGCAGCAGGCACUAGUCCCCAUCAAAAACAGCAACAGCAGAAUCCUGCACAGGCACCCAUGACUGCAGCAGGGGCAGGUGGGAGUGUAGGCUCCCUUCCAGCUGGAGGAUCACAGGCAACAGUGGCUGCAGCAACAGCAGGUGGAGGGGCAGCAGAGGGGGCUGGAAGAGUUAGCAAUGUACAGCGCAUCCAGCAGAAGAAGGCACAGGUUCGAGCAUGGCCCAGGGACAAGAAGCUGGAGAAGCUAGCCAUUUAUUCAGCAUGUAAAGGGGAUGAGAAUUGCAAGUGUAAUGGGUGGAAAAACCCAACGCCCCCAACCCAUCCAGCCCGGCCAGACACUCCACAGCCAGCAGCACCCCCAUCACAGCCCUGCCGCAGCUGCUCCCACAUGCUGAGUAAGCAUGUCAGCCACCUAGAGUCUGCUAGUGAUGAUGACCUUGACCGCCUGCUCUCCAUUGUGGUGGAUGUGGAAAACCUCUUCAUCUGUGUCCAUCGGGAGGAGGACCCUGAUACCAAGCAGGUGUACUCCUACCUGUUCCGACGGCUGCGGAAGUGUAUCCUUCAAGUGACGCCUCCAACAGUGGAAGUGCCUUUGGGAACACCACCCUUUGAGCGUCCCUCCAUCUUCAAGGGUGUCACCAACUUUGUCUUCCAUAAAUUUAACCGCCUACAGCAGAAGGACUUUCAGAUGAUGAGUGACCUUGCCAAGAUGUUUCUGCACUGCCUCAAUCACUGGCGAUUAGAGACGCCCUCUGCUCGUCGUGCCCACACCACUCCAGAGGAGAGCUCAGCAUACAAAGUCAACUAUACCAGAUGGCUUUGCUUCAGUUAUGUGCCCCAGCUGUGUGACUCCCUCCCCCACCAUGAAACCACAGCCAUAUUUGGCCGCACUUUCCUCCGGGCAGUAUUCCAUACCUUACGCAAGCAGCUGCUGGACAAGUUUCGAGCCGAGAAGGACAAGAUGCCACCAGAGAAGAAGCAACUCUUACUGAACCACUUCCCUAGAUUCCUUUCAAUGUUGGAAGAAGAGGUGUACUCAAACUCCUCCCCAAUAUGGGAUGCCGACUAUCGCCCACAGCUGCCGCCACACCUCCAUGCACAGGCCACUGAGAGAGCCUCAGGAGGGAGUGGACCAGCACGAGGAGAGUUUGAGAGGCUAACAGUUCCUCCAGGAGAGGGGCAGUACACCACAGUCAACCUCACACCUGCUGCCACCCGCCGGGCUCGUCUGGAGGAGAGCCGAGGAGAAAAGCGUGAAGGGGAGGAUGUUUGUGAGAACAGCAGUAACAGUAGCAGCAGCAGCAGCAGUAGCACCACCACCACUAGCAACAACAGCAGCAGCAGCAAGAGGAUGAAGCUGGAAUCUGAGGAUCUUGGAGAGGAUAUGGUGGCAGAAGUUGUGGCCACCAUCACUGAUCCUAGGAAGAUGGUUGGGCCAGAGGUACUCUUCUCAGAGAAUGCAGCAAGGGAUGAGGCAGCUAAGCUGGAGGAGCGCAAGGGUAACAUUGAGUUCCAUGUGAUCGGCAACUCACUGACCCAGAAGGUAUCCAAGCAGACCAUGUUGUGGCUCAUUGGUCUGCAAAAUGUGUUCUCCCAUCAGCUGCCCAGAAUGCCCAAGGACUAUAUCACGCGUCUUGUGUUUGACCCGAAGCACCGCACUCUGGCCCUCAUCAAGGACAAUCGUCCAAUUGGAGGGAUCUGCUUCCGGAUGUUUGCCACGCAGGGCUUCACUGAGAUUGUGUUCUGUGCUGUUACCUCUAAUGAGCAAGUGAAAGGCUAUGGCACACACAUGAUGAAUCACCUCAAGGAUUAUCAUGUUAAAAACAAUGUCCUCCACUUUCUUACAUUUGCGGAUGAGUUUGCCAUUGGAUACUUUAAGAAGCAAGGGUUCAGCAAGGACAUACAGCUGGCCCGCUCGGUUUAUCAGGGAUACAUUAAAGAUUAUGAAGGUGCCACACUCAUGGGCUGUGAACUCAACCCCAACAUUGUCUACACAGAGUUCACCGCUGUCAUUAGGAGGCAGAAAGAGAUAAUAAAAAAACUCAUUGAAAGGAAGCAGAGUGAAAUCCGGAAGGUGCACCCAGGACUCACAUGCUUCAGGGAUGGCGUGCGAGAGAUUCCGGUUGAGAGCAUACCAGGGAUCCGGGAGGCUGGAUGGAAGGGACCCCCUACAUCAAAGCCUGCACGCUCCCCAAGCCAGGAACACCAGGAGGCUGAGUACCUAACCAGCAUGCUGAAGACUCUCUUGUGCAAUGUCAAGAACCACACAGCUGCCUGGCCCUUCCAAGUCCCAGUGGACCCCAACGAAGUACCUGAUUACUACGACCAUAUAAAGUGUCCCAUGGAUCUGAAGACCAUGACAGAGCGCCUCAAGGCUAACUAUUACGUGAAUGCCCGGCUGUUCAAUGCGGACAUGCUGCGUAUUUUCAAGAAUUGUCGUUUCUACAAUCACCCAGAGACUGAGUAUUACAAAUGUGCCAACAAUCUAGAAAAGUACUACAUUAAUAAGAUGAGAGAACUUGGUUUGUUAGAAAGCAAAUGAAUCAUAAUAGAGUUAAUUUUGAUUAAACUGUAAGAAAUGGAAGCAACUGUUUUCCUCCUUGGAGUCGGUAGGGAGAGAAACAAGAAUUGGUAUUGAUACACCUUUAAAUAUUUAGAUUUCGUUGGUCACAGCAUUAAUAUUGCAAAACUAUACAUCUGUUUAUAGUAAUUAUAAACAACAGAAUUGUGGAAUGAGGAUGUGUAUGUAAAAAGGCAUACUAAAUUUCCCAAGUGGUCCCUAUGGCUUGUUUAUUGUGGGCAAGAACUGUGAGAUGUGUUUCUGUGCUGCUACUUUUACAAUAUUUAUUGAUCCCCUGCUGUAGGUAGUGUUUUAUGUAUUGACAAAGAGUAGCAACCUUAAAAAGUCUGGAUACUUUUUAUAUCUGAAUCUUAUAUUUAAUGCACAUAUUUUCUAAAGGUUGUUUUGCAAAAUAAUAAAGAUUAAUUCAGAUUUAGAUAACUGGAAAAUAUACAUUAAGUUUUCUACACAUUGUUUUUAUCAGCCUUGCAUGAUGCAGUGGUGAUGAUGGUAAUGUGUUGUGAAUGUGCAUCAAAAGAGAAAAAUAUAGGCAACAAGGGCUAACCUGGUUUCAGCAGGUGUGUGGAUGGGUGGGUGAGAGUGAGUCGAGUUGAUGCACAAUCUGUUCAAGGGCCCCCACAGGAAAGCUGUACACACUAUUUUACCUUAACUGUGAACUCUGAAACAACUGUUGGUCAAUAAGUCAUCACUUGGGAAAGUUGUAAACACUGUUUUACCCUAACUGUAAACUCUGAAACAACUGUUGGUCAAUAUGUCAUCACUUAAACACUCUCAUCAAAGACAGCUGUAAAAAGUAAAUAUUUCAUUUGAGAACUAAAUUAUUAUUUUCUUUUGAGCAAAUCAUGAGGCUGCCCAUUUAGGGGUGGGUGCCAGCAUAGCCUGGCUGUGUUUCUGUUGAUGGCCUCAUUAACACACACACAUUUUGUUUAUUGGGUUUUGAAAUAUCAGUUUUUGUUUAUCAAUUUUAGUAGCACCACUGAAUGGGGAAGUGUAUAAACUUUAUAACAAGUAAAAUAAAAUCUUUACCUGAAAAUGUCAAGUUGGUGAAUAAAAGCAUAUGUAUGUAGAUAAAUAAUGCUUGUAUUGUCAUAACUGAUUCUGCAAAUAAGACUUCGGUAUUUUGCAUGUUAGAACAUUUCUGUAUAAAAGCAUUUUUCUUUUAAAAUAAAUAAAUAAAUAUUUAAUCAACCAUAUCACAAAGUUCUACAGAAAACCUUGUUCGGUAUAACAUUGACAACAUAAUUCAAAUUUUUGUAGCUAAAUGUGGUUAAAAUGGCUCACUAGAGAACAGACAACCUUAUAAGGUGGCCUGAAUCUCCUUUUCGACAAGCACCCGGUACUCAUCAAAACCGCCCUCCACACACCGCACCUUCUUGUCCCCACACACCCACAGCUCGGUGCAUACCAUACGGAUCAGCCGCUCGUCAUGGGAUACUAAGACCACUCCACCCUGAAAAGAAAUAAUGUGUCACCCACAUGUACUUACACACAAAUGUAUAAAUAUUUGAUAUCUAUACAGGGGGUCAACAAAAUAUGGAGUUCUGUUUCUAAGCCACAUCAUUAACCAAUUUUUUGGUACAGGUCAGAACCAGCCUAAGUAAGCACCUACAGUAUGUCACUCACCUUUGUUAAUGCUAUACUACUGUAAAGUCAUAAUCUAGGACAUAAAAACAACUACUGUACCUGUAAAAAAACACAUGAGGGGCAUACAGUAAAUAAAAAAAAUUAAAUAAGUAACAAAACAAUCAGCAGAGUUGAAUGUACAGGGGCAAGCACUGCCAGUGUUGUGACCACCAAACACCACAUGUCAAGACUGUUGUAAACUGUAUUAAAGCACUGCACCAAGUUUGGCACCUAACCAGGGCCAUGAAAAGGACUACAGCUGUAAAGAAAAAUUAGAUCCUGUAAAGUUACAUACCAAUAGAACAAUAAAAUACACAUAAAAA